UGUGACCCUGGCCAGGCCUGGCGCCAUUUUGGAUUUCACGGCGCCAUUUUGGAUUUCACGGCGCCAUUUUGGUUUCUGUGGCGCCAUUUUGGCGCCGUUUUUGAGUGUGACCCUGGCCAGGCCACCAAGUAUCUCUACGAGCUCCUCUACAAUGACCCCAUCAAGAUCAUCCUCAUGCCCGGCUGCAGCAGCGUCUCCACCCUGGUGGCCGAGGCGGCGCGGAUGUGGAACCUCAUCGUGCUUUCCUACGGCUCCAGCUCGCCGGCCCUUUCCAACCGGCAGCGAUUCCCGACGUUUUUCCGGACGCAUCCGUCGGCCACGCUCCACAACCCGACGCGAGUUCAGCUCUUCAAGAAGUGGGGCUGGACCAAGAUCGCCACCAUCCAGCAGACCACGGAGGUCUUCACCUCGACCCUGGAUGACCUCGACCAGCGGGUGAAGGAGGCCGGCUUGGAGAUCACCUUCCGCCAGAGCUUCUUCUCCGACCCGGCCGCGCCCGUCCGGAACCUCAAGCGUCAGGACGCCCGGAUCAUCGUGGGGCUCUUCUACGAGACCGAGGCGAGGAAGGUCUUCUGUGAGGUCUACAAGGAGAAGCUCUACGGCAAGAAGUACGUCUGGUUCCUGAUUGGCUGGUACGCCGACAACUGGUUCCGCAUCAAGGACCCGGCCAUCAACUGCACCGAGGCCGAGAUGGCCGAGGCUGUUGAAGGCCACGUCACCACGGAGAUCGUCAUGCUCAACCCCGAGAACACCCGCAGCAUCUCCAACAUGACGUCCCAAGAGUUCAUCGAGAAGCUCCAGAAGAGGCUGGGGAAGAACCCGGAGGAGACCGGGGGGUUCCAGGAGGCGCCUCUGGCCUACGACGCCAUCUGGGCCUUGGCCUUGGCCCUCAACAAGACGUCCCAAGAGUUGGUCAAGAAGGGUUUGAGGUUGGAGGACUUCAACUACAACAACAAGAACAUCACCGACGAGAUCUACCGGGCCCUCAACUCCUCGGCCUUCGAGGGCGUCUCGGGUCACGUGGUGUUCGACGCCAGCGGUUCCCGCAUGGCCUGGACCCUCAUCGAGCAGCUCCAAGGUGGGGUGUACAAGAAGAUCGGGUACUACGACAGCACCAAGGACAACCUGUCCUGGUACAACAACGACAAAUGGAUUGGGGGGUCCCCUCCGGCCGAUUACACCAAGGUGAUCACAACGUUCCGGUUCCUUUCCCAAAAAUUGUUCAUUUCCGUCUCGGUGUUGGCGUUGUUGGGAAUCGUCCUGGCCGUCGUUUGUUUGGCUUUCAACAUCUACAACGGGCACGUGAGGUACAUCCAGAAUUCCCAGCCCUACCUGAACAACAUGACGGCCGUGGGAUGCACCCUGGCGCUCGCCGCCGUUUUUCCGUUGGGAUUGGACGGGUAUCACAUCGGACCCGGAAUGUUCCCGUUCGUGUGCCAGGCGCGGCUGUGGCUGUUGGGAUUGGGAUUCAGCCUGGCCUACGGCAGCAUGUUCACCAAGAUCUGGUGGGUGCACACCGUGUUCACCAAGAAGGACGACAAGAAGGACAAGAGGAAGAGCCUGGAGCCCUGGAAGCUCUACGCCACCGUGGGGGGUCUGGUGGGAUUGGACGUGGUGACGUUGAGCGUGUGGCAGAUCGUGGAUCCCCUGCACCGAACCAUCGAGGAAUUCACCAAGGAGGAGCCCAAGUCAGACAUGGACGUGUCCAUCCUGCCCCAGCUCGAGCACUGCAGCUCCGCCAAGAUGAACACCUGGCUCGGGAUUUUUUAUGGAUUCAAGGGGUUGUUGCUGUUGUUGGGAAUUUUUUUGGCCUACGAGACCAAAAGCGUUUCCACUGAGAAAAUCAACGACCACCGGGCGGUGGGAAUGGCGAUCUACAACGUGGCGGUGUUGUGCCUGAUCACGGCGCCGGUGACGCUGAUCCUCAGCUCGCAGCAGGACGCCGCCUUCGCCUUCGCUUCCCUCGCCGUCGUCUUCUCGUCCUACAUCACCCUCGUGGUGCUCUUCGUGCCCAAGAUGCGGCGGCUGAUCACGCGCGGGGAGUGGCAGUCGGAGCAGCAGGACACGAUGAAAACCGGAUCCUCCACCAACAACAACGAGGAGGAGAAAUCCCGGCUGCUGGAGAAGGAAAACCGGGAAUUGGAGAAGAUCAUCGCCGAGAAGGAAGAGCGCGUCUCCGAGCUCCGCCAGCAGCUCCAGGCCCGCCAACAACUGCAGCUCCGCUCCCGCCGCCGCCACUCCCGCGAUUCCCAACGCGAUUCCCGCGAUUCCCAACGCGAUUCCCGCGAUUCCCAACGCGAUUCCCGCGAUUCCCGGGAUUCCCAACGCGAUUCCCGGGAUUCCCAACGCGAUUCCCGGGAUUCCUUCCCCCAGCCCAGCCUGGUUCGGUGCCUGGUGUCGGAACAGGCGGAGAAGUUGGGACGCGGCAAUUGCGACGGGAGCCGCGUGCACCUGCUCUACAAGUGAUGGGUUUCCCGGGAAAAACGGGAAUUCUGGCGGGAAAACCGGGAAUUCUGGCGGGAAAACGGGAAUUCU